GUGACAUUAAUGUGUAAUUCAGUAGUGGAUGUAAUGCUAAUCGAUUGGAUUCCCGGUACAGUAAACGUAGCGUGAUCUCAUAUCUCAGUGGAAAACCACAUUAUGACGUGCUUACGUAAGCGGUCUGAGCUUUCUAUGGUCGGUUAUUUUCCAUACGACAUUGCGGAUAAUGGAAGUUUUACUUGGAUUUAAAUGCUCAUCUUUGAGUCCAACGUGUUUUGAUGAUCUCGAAACUCCGUUGAAUUUCACGUUAAAUAUUUCUUUGCUCAUCACUUUUUCCUGAGACUCAGUACUUUUACUGUUCUGUAUCAAGUAUUUUACCAGAGGCCUGGGUAUGAGUGUAUGUCUCGCGGAUAAAAUGAAUGUGUCGGCCGAAAGUUAUAUCACUUCACCGUCGCUUUUCAACUUCUCUUGUACGCCAGCAGAUAAUCAGUAGUAAAUCUAAACGAUAUUUAUCCACAAUGGUAAUUCAGCAAGCGAAACAAGUGUGGAAAAAGGCGGACGCUGUCUGUUUUGACGUGGAUAGUACAGUCAUAACGGACGAGGGCAUCGAUGAACUUGCCGCAUUUUGCGGAAAAGGGAAAGAAGUAUCACAAUGGUACGUUGUCAUGCAAUUAUUUCAAUUUAUCAGAACUUCUCUUCGAUAGUAUACCGUUUAUAGGAAAGUAUUUGGUCCCUUAAUAUCCCGGUAAGGUCUACUUUUAAUCGGGAUGAUGUAACAAAACAGUAUUUACAUAAAUCGUUAUCUAGCCGCCAGCGAGAAUAGGAGCGCCUAAAUGUUUCUUUCGCCCCAAAAUUUUAGCCUUUUAAAGGUGUUUAAGGUGAAAUGCUAGUGUAAGAUCCUUAAAUUUAAUCAGAAACGUCUCUGUGUGGGUGAUUCGGGAAUAAACUUUUAACGUUGUAUUAACAACUGGAGAUUCAUCCAUCUUCCAUACUAAGUUAAUCGAUGGGGUCCACCUACGGAAACAUGUGAAAAGAAGGCUAAGUUUGAUUAAGUAUGGCUUAAAAUCGAUCGUUCUCUUAAUUUCGGUGUAGAGAAAAAAUGACUCGUUUAUUCGGUGAGGUCUAUUUCGGCUCCAUCCCAUGGCUGGGCAAACCCAGCACGCUUUGUUCACGUGAGACUGUCACACGAGGAAACGUAACACUGUGUUUCUUUAUCACGUUGCUACCGACCUUUGGACAUUAUGACAGAAAUUCGUACCAGGCCACUCGUUCCACAAAUGGAAAAGCCUUUCCUAAAGACACCUCAGGCAAUUUUUUGGUUACUAAAAAUAUCCCAGUUUUGAGAAAAUAUAUCUACAUGAGGAUAUUUUGAAUAGAUGCAAGGCUUUCUUGGCUGAAUUCUGUGUUUUCCAUAGUGUUCUAUAGGAACAAUAUUCACCUGUUGGCAAGAAAAGUCAUCUAUCAACCAAUCAAGUUUUUUGGGGAGAAAACAUCUCAAAUGUGCAUCCAUGUUGUCUCGUUUUUGUUACUGUUAGUAUUUCCACUACACUUGUAAACAUGAAAUUUUUUCAUUUGUGAUUGACAAUUUUGGAAUAGUUAUGCAAAUGAUGUGCUAUUCAGGCAUUUUCAGAUGUAUUUAAAUUUUUUUGUGAUAUUGGAAACCAAAUGAUAAUUUUUGUUUUUGAUAAUUUAAGUUAUGCAAGGUAAGGUAUUUGUCAUUUUGGAAAGACCUAGAACUGGCAGUUUUGGAAUAUUUUUUUAGGGAGAUGUGACAGUAAACUAUUUUUGAUGUUAAUAGUUCGAGUCUUAAUCUUUGAUCAGAACCUGUAAAAAUGUAACUCCUUUAAACAACGAGAUAACUCUACCACUGUAUGCAUUUGUUGAAGGGACUAUAAUCACAUUCAUUUGUGACCCUUGCAUCAAUCAUAUGUUUUCUAUGUUUUGUGAAUAUGCUGAGGUAUUUAAGCUCUAAACUUCCCCUUCGAUGAAAAUUGUGUUAUGACCUAUUAAUUUAAAUGCCAACAAAUGAAAAAGCUUGCUCUAAAAACCCUAUUUUCAUGAAUUUAUUGGAAAUGUCUCGUUUUCAAUUAAAAUGUGGCAUAAACCCUCAGUAGCUUGUCUCUCACCCUACAUGUUCAUGGCUUUUUUUUUAUGCAUUCAUUGGUGUAUUGCUUGUUCAGUGUCUUGAACCUUUUUGCAGGUUCAUGGUUUUCACUUUUGAAGGUAACAGAUUUCUGAUUCACGAUUUCAAUGUUAAUCCCUUUGCAGGACUACUAGAGCAAUGGGAGGGGGUAUUCCAUUCAGAACAGCACUUAGGGAGAGACUGGGAAUUAUUAAUGCAUCAAGAGAGAAGGUUUGUUCAACGUGUUAAGUUAUGGAAAAAGAAAGCAAGAGAUUAUCACUUUUCCUUAUGAACUUCAAAGAAGUUCUUGUACACUUUUCCAUUUCUCAUUUCACUUAAUUUUAAGAAUUUUUUAUUUAUAUUCUGUGGUAAUCUUGACCAGUGUAAACUGUCAUCAUUCCUAUUUGGUGUCUGUUUUCCCUAUCCAAGUAAUUUCUGUGGUUAAUUGCUGGGUUUUUUUUUUGUGAUUUUCCAUGAUACCAUUAGUGGCUGUGGAUAAUGUGAAGAAGCUCCUUCUUAUGUCUGUAUUAUAAACCUUGAAAUACAAGAUCGAUCUUACAUGGCUAUUUUUUUUCUUUUUUUGUUUUGUUUUUUUCCAGCUUCAUGAGUUCAUAGAGAGAAAUCCUGUCCAUCUCACACCAGGAAUAAGGUACAUUUAAGAAGUUUUUUACUAGGACAGUUUUGACUAAGCAUAUUGAUUCCUCACCCAUAAAUGUAGGUGCCUCUUUGUUUGGAGCACUAAUGAUGAUGUGAGUGUUUCGUUGAAUCUUUGAUUUUAUUUGAGACUUAUUGUAUGUAAAGUUAACUAUAUCAUUAUGAUUUAAUUUUAGGGAGCUAGUGAAUAGGCUUCAGGAACAGGGUACUGCAGUUUACCUUGUAUCUGGUGGAUUUAGAAGAGUUAUCCAGCGUGCUGCAGAACAACUUGAUAUACCAGAUGAAAAUAUAUUUGCCAAUAGACUGCAGUUUGAUGAUGAAGGUACUAUUUGGUUCUUUAUUUUUUCUUUUUGUUUUUUCUUAAGUUCAGUAUUAAUUGGUGAUCUUACCCUGCUCGUGGCCAAAUAUUGGAAAAUAUUAUUUAGACACCUCUUAAUUCCAGCAUAGAAGUUAAAUGUAACAUUACAAUUGACAUCUAUAUCAGCCUGCUAACCCAUGUAUCAUAGGCUACUUUUUCUUCCCUCCAUUCCCCCUUCCCAGCAUAUGGUUAAGUGUUCUUGAAAAUUAGUUAGCUAGUACUCAAUUGUACUCUUAUGACCCACAUGUAUCUAAGUAGUCUCAAUAAUGAUUGUAACUUUUCUGGUGAUAAAAAUGAUAUAUGGUUUAUUGAGGUAAAUGAAAGUGUAAUGAGCUGUGGUCAGAUUUGGUGGCUUAUGUCUUAGAAAUACAAAGAGUCCCCAGAAAUCUGCAAGUGAAAGGCUUAAAGGGGUUACUUAAGGUACAAUAUCUUGGUGUUUUCUUUGAUUUAAAGAAUCUGGAUUUCUUCUUACUAGGGCAUUACAACGGCUUUGAUGAAAAUGAGCCCACCUCAGAUUCUGGAGGGAAGACCAGAGUUCUAAAGCUUUUGAAAGAAAAGUAUGGAUACAAAAGGUAAAAACAGUAUGCUUGAAUGAUACAGCUGUUGGUCCUAGUGUGCAAAAGGGUAGCAAGUUCUUCAAAAGCAAUUGCAUUGGAUGGCAGAGUGGGAAUAAAAAUUAACUGUGGUACUUUUGAAAAGUUUGAGCUUAGUUUGGGAGUGAAGACAGUGAAUGGGAAAGUUGCUAUGCUUGUACAUUAGUUGUAGAUGGUGUGACAUGUACUUCAUGCAAACUCCUUGUUCCAUGGAGGACUUGAUACAUUGUCAGUUAACUUAACCUUAAACAUAGGCAACUUUUUUGCAAGUCAGUGAGAAACAGUAUCAGAACAAAUCAGUUGUAUUUUUUUUGUCUCUAACAUUUCCUCUCGUCAAACUUUCAUAUGUUGGCUUUCAGUUUGGUUAUGAUUGGUGAUGGGGCUACAGACCUAGAGACAUUUCCAUCUGCAGCUGUGAGUACCAGUUUGUUGUUGUUAUUGUUUUUACAUGAUAUAUUAUUUUUCAAGUGAAUAGUUAGUUAAGUAAGAUUAAGACUCUGGUUGUUUGCAAGCUGGUAUGUAGUGUUAUCAAUGGGACAAAUUGCCUUCUGCUCCUUGAGAAUUGGUUAAACAUGGGGAAUGGAGAACUGAAUCACUGAAAUAAGUGAAUCAUAUCAAUAUUGACCAUUUGAACAACUAAGAUGAGGCAAAUAAUGAAGAUUUGGUUUAUUUUUGUAAUGCAUGGUAGAGAGACAUGAUAACUUGAGUAGAGGAUGUUCAUGGUUUAUUUUAAAAUUACAGUCAUGUAGUGCUGAUAUUUAUUCAACUUGUUAAACUUUUCAGGACACAUUUAUUGGCUUUGGUGGUAAUGUUGUGAGAGAAAAGGUGAAGGCACAUGCUCCAUGGUAUGUGACUGACUUUAAAGAGCUUUUAAAAGAGCUAAACCCAUCCUCUCAAAAUGGAGCAACUGAAAAUGGAGCAUCAGAACAUCUAAUGAAUGGAUUGAAUGGAGCAAGUGAACAUGUAAUCUCUGGAGUAAAUAGCAAACACUACAUUUGAAGGAAGCAAUGCAAUGAACAGAUCUGUCAGGACACAGGAUUAAUUUUCAUUUGAGAGACAUUUUAAUUAUAUACCACAAUCCAUUGCAUCAUCCAUUGUGUGCUGACUUUUACAUAUCAAUGAUAUAAAUAAUUAUUUAUUGACAGUACAAAAUAAAUGAAUCUCAUGAGAUGGUUUUAAAUCAAAGAAAUUAUUUUCAAUUCACAACAGUGUUCAAAAAUUUUCAGCAGACAUUGUGGCCUCAAGAUUAUGGCUGUACAGUCAACCAACCCAGGAAAUCUUUUUAUAAUUUGAGGUUUCUUCAGAA